AUGGCUCGAAAUGGUGUCACUCCCCCAGACCUUAACUCCCUAUCCCUCUCGGACAGCGACGCCGACGACACAGAAGACCUCUUCGCCUCACCCUCCGUGCCCACCAAAAAGCGGAGACCUGAACCUGAGACUUCGAAGUCCCAACCUCCUGCCCAACCACCAGAUACUGAAGAAGACCACCUUGCCGCCCACGAAGCAUCUCUUCGCCGCGAACUGUCCUCCGUCCGCACCAUGAACCAGGUCAUCUCAGGGGUCGUCGACUCUUUGGAGAAAGCCAAGAGUAACAUGGAAACAGUUUCUGCUACAGUCUCAAAUGCAUCUACUCUCCUCACAACGUGGACGCGCAUACUCAGCCAGACCGAACACAAUCAACGGCUAAUCUUGAAUCCGCGAUGGCAGGGGGCAAGUCAGGAUAUCGCGGAUGGGGAGAACGAGGUGGUGCUGAGGCGGCAGGAGAAGGAAAGGAGAGAAGUAGAAGAGGCAAGGAGGGAGGAAGCGAGAGGGAGGGAAAAGGAGGAAGAGGAAAGACGGAGGAUGACAGAAGGGUUGACUACCAAGGGCCCACGAGGAAGAGGUAGAGGUGUAGGCCGAGGGGUCGGCAGAGCAGGGGGCAAUGGAUAUGUUGGGGUGGGCGGUCAAGGAGGAGUAAGAGGAACGGCCAGAGCAGGUGGCACAACGCCUGGAAGGGCCGGGAGCGGUAUUGGAAGAGGCAUAGGCAGUGGAAGAGGAAGAGCAAGGGGCCCAUCGUGA